AUGACCAGUCGCACCGAUUCCGGGCUGCCCAAGGCCAACCUUCGGGUUACGAUUAUCGCCGCCGACGGUCUUUAUAAGAGGGAUGUUUUCCGCUUCCCCGACCCCUUCGCCGUCGCAACCAUCAACGGAGAGCAGACGAAGACGACGACCGUCAGCAAGAGGACCCUUAACCCGUACUGGAAUGAGAGCUUUGACUUCCGUUCCAACGAAGAUAGCAUUUUGGCAGUUCAGGUCUUUGACCAAAAAAAGUUUAAGAAGAAGGACCAAGGUUUCCUGGGCGUCAUCAAUAUCCGAGUUGGAGAUGUCAUGCCCGAACUCAGUGCGGACGCUGACGACAUGCGCCUUUCAGACCAGAUGCUUACACGAGACCUGAAGAAAUCAACCGAUAACCUUGUUGUUCAUGGCAAGCUAAUCAUUAACCUUUCUUGCAACCUCAGCGCCCCAGCCCGCGGUGGCCAAGCAUCGUCGACUCGACCUUCACUCGGUGCCGGCCCUUCGAACCUCUCCUCCCUCUCCGCACCCCCCUCAGAGAACCGCCCAGGAUCCUCCAUGUCCGGACCAAAUGGAGCUGCCAGCUCGCAGGUCAACCUGCCGCACCGCCCCUCUAGCAUCAACUCUGUUGGUGGCGCCAGCGCUCCUGGGCCAAAUGCCAGUGGGCAGCCUCGCCAGUCAAACCAGCUGAGUCCAUUCGAGGAUGCGCAGGGGCGUCUGCCUGCUGGUUGGGAACGCCGUGAAGACAACCUGGGACGUACAUACUACGUUGAUCACAAUACUCGAACGACGAGCUGGAACCGUCCAACUUCGAAUGGCACCCAGGAACAGCGAAACGACAGAGAGGCGGCCACUCAGGUGGAGCGGCAGAGACACCAGAACCGUACCCUGCCCGAGGACCGAACUGGCUCCAACUCGCCUACUCUUCAAGCACAGCAGCCUCAGCAAUCAUCCCCGACCGCUAACGCCGGCGCGGUGAUGCACACUGGGGCUACGAGCCCAGGCUCAGGCGAGCUACCACCAGGAUGGGAACAGAGAUGGACCCCCGAGGGUCGACCCUACUUUGUUGAUCAUAACACCAGAACAACCACUUGGGUUGAUCCGCGCCGACAGCAGUAUAUCCGCAUGUACGGUGGCCAGAACAACGCCAACGGACAGAUUCAGCAGCAGCCAGUAUCACAACUCGGCCCCCUUCCAAGCGGCUGGGAGAUGCGCCUGACGAACACAGCUCGUGUCUACUUCGUCGACCACAACACUAAGACCACAACCUGGGACGACCCACGACUUCCGUCAUCACUCGACCAGAACGUUCCUCAAUACAAGCGAGACUUCCGAAGAAAGCUCAUCUACUUCCGUUCCCAGCCGGCGAUGCGCAUUCUUAGUGGACAGUGCCACAUCAAGGUGAGACGGUCUCAUAUCUUUGAGGAUUCGUUUGCGGAAAUUACUCGCCAAUCGGCUACGGAUCUGAAGAAGCGGUUGAUGAUCAAGUUCGAUGGCGAGGACGGUUUGGAUUACGGUGGUCUCUCACGAGAGUUCUUCUUCCUCCUUUCACACGAAAUGUUCAACCCCUUCUAUUGUCUGUUCGAGUACUCGGCCCACGACAACUACACCCUCCAGAUCAACCCUCACUCUGGAAUCAACCCGGAACAUCUGAACUACUUCAAGUUUAUUGGCCGUGUCGUUGGUUUGGCUAUUUUCCACCGCCGAUUCCUGGACGCCUUCUUCAUUGGCGCCCUUUACAAGAUGAUGCUUGGAAAGGCAGUCGCUCUUGCGGACAUGGAGGGUGUUGAUGCCGACUUCCACCGAUCUUUGCAGUGGAUGUUGGACAACGACAUUUCGGGUGGAAUUUUGGAGCAGACGUUUUCGACUGAGGACGAGCGCUUUGGAGUCAUGACAACGGAGGACCUCAUUCCCAACGGACGAAACAUCGACGUCACCAACGAGAACAAGAAAGAGUAUGUUGAUCUCAUGGUCAAGUGGCGAAUCGAGAAGCGCAUUGCAGAGCAGUUCCAGGCUUUCAAGGAGGGCUUCCAAGAGCUCAUCCCUCAAGAUCUCAUCAACGUCUUUGAUGAGCGUGAGCUUGAGCUUCUGAUUGGUGGUAUUGCUGAGAUCGAUGUCGAUGACUGGAAGAAGCACACCGAUUAUAGAGGAUACACUGAGUCGGAUGAGGUUGUUCAGAACUUCUGGGCGACGGUGCGCUCGUGGGAUGGAGAGCAGAAGUCUCGACUACUACAGUUCACGACGGGUACUUCUCGAAUCCCUGUCAACGGAUUCAAGGAUCUUCAGGGCAGCGAUGGCCCCCGACGAUUCACGAUUGAAAAAGCAGGAGAGAUUACCAACCUACCCAAGGCACAUACUUGUUUCAACCGACUCGACUUGCCUGCUUAUAAGAGUCUAGAAAUGCUUCAACAGAAGCUCACGAUUGCUGUUGAAGAGACAAUGGGCUUUGGCCAGGAGUAG